GUAAACAUCUCGUUAGUAAUGCUAAAUGUAAAAUUAAUAAUAAUAUGUUGAUUGACAGAGAAUAAAUUUUUCUAGUUUUAAAUGUAAUAGAAUAUUAUUCGUAAUACGUUUUGACAAAUGUGCGCGCACCUGUUAGUUUGGUCAACAAUUAUCAUAUAGUAAUAAUUCUCCCCGACCGGCCGAUCGUGUAAAAUUAUUUUCGUAAUACAUCUAAUAGAAAAAAUAAUGCUUUUCCUUUGACGUCAAACGCCUUGUUAUAUUAAGCGUUCAUAAUACCAUUCAUGUUUGUUGACGAAAGCGUGUGUUCGUUUAGAAUCAUGGGUAAUUGGACUAGUUGUUGUUCGUACACUAGCCCGUUGUCCAGGCGCAAGGAGGCCAACGGUGCUUUGAACGAAUUUGUGCAAGAGGGCGAGGAGAGCGUUGGCAAUUUGCAACAUAUUAGCGAACGCGAGCACGAUGAUUGGAACACUGACCCGUCUGUACAUCCUAAAGUCGCAACAAUAUUUCUGGAAAGGUCUAAAGUCGAAAGUGAGUUCAAUAUACCUACUUAAUUAGGAAUAAACCACCCUGCGUAGAUAUGUAAUUUUCUAUUAACAUUAGAUAGAUAUCUAAUCUUAUGCAAGGACAAGAGCAAAACAUUGUUACUUAGGUAAAAUUUAUGAACAAAUAUUGAAAAAUAAUAAAAGAAAUUUGUUUUCAUAUUUAAUACUCCAUUAAAAAAUUAUUUUUGUAAAAUUUUAAAUAAUUUGUUGUUAUACUUAAGGUAAUAAAUCAAAAUACAUUUUGAAUAUGUUUCAAUGGCAUAGGUACUAGAUGACAUACAUUGUACAUUUGCACCUUUAUUGUGCCUCUGCACUGGUUUAUGUGUAUUAUAUUUGUAAAACAAAUGUUUGAUAAUUCAAUAAAUCAAUAUGAUAUUGUAGGUGAAAUAGGCAAAAUAUGUAUUAAAAUAUGAACAAUAAAAAAAAAAAAAAAAUCGAAAAUUUGUAUCCAUUAAAAACCAUAAAAUAUGCAUACAUAAAUUUAGAUUUCUAUAAAAUUAUUUAUUUAUUGUAAGUAUAUUGUGAAGUAGGUAUUUUAUAUAAUUAUUCAUAAUAAAAACUAAAUAGGUAUACAUUAUUUUAAUCAUAUUUUAUUUAAACUUUAAUUUAGUUCUUCAUAUUAUGCUGAAAAAAACCAAACCUAUUUUGUCUCAUAUAGUAAUAAAUUAUUGGUAAAUUGUAUAGAAUGGUCUUUUAAAAAUUGUUUACAUUGAAUGCUUGAAACAGCCAUAUCUAAGUUUUUAUAGGUACUUAAAAAAACGUCUUUUGUCAUAUUAUGUGCAUGUUAUUGAUGCGUGCGUGCAGCAUAUUAAUAAAAUGUUAAAUCAUUAUCAAAUAUUCUGAUAAAAUGUUUUAAAAUUAUGUUCUAUAAAAUUUUGAAUUACAAUGGGUCAAAAAUGGAAUGCUUUUUCAGAUCUUUUCUUGGAUUUUUUCAAUAACAUAAAAUGGUACCUAAUUUAAGAGUUGAAUAAUUUCAUAUUUUAAAAAAAAUUAUUAUUAUAUAUUUCGGAAUAUAUACAUAUUUGUUUUUAGAAAAAUGAAACAUAUAUGUUAAUUAUUUAAUUACUUACAUGUGUAUAUUAUCUAUAUAUAAACAAUUUUAGAAAAAUAACAAAAAAUUCUCAAUAUAAACAUUUUUGACUUAAUACAUUAUACUUUAUUAUUAUUAUUAUUUUAUCAUUAUUAAUGGUCAGUUUUGAUUCUACUUUAGCUAUAUGAACUUAGUACAUUAGUUUUCAAAUUUAUUCUAUUAAUUUUGUUGUAAUAUUAGAGCUAAUACUGUUCUAUAAGUGUAGGACUUUUUAAAUUAUUCUUUGUUUCAAGUUUGAUAAUUUUUAAGAUGUCCAGGGACCUGUCUAGGUCACAUGUCAGAUCACAGUUUUACAAAUUCAGGCCAAGAAAGGCCAAUUUUAAUCAACAAUUAUUAAAAAUAGCAAAAUUAAUUAUUUUUAUAAAAAAAAUACAAAUCAGAUUUGUGAUGUUUUUGUAUUAUCACUAUUGUAAGCGAUUAUUUGAGGAAGGCAAAUAGGCAAUUAUCCUCUUUUGUUUUUUUGUAUCAACUAAUUGUAAGUAGUGGCUACGCUCCUUUUAUAAUAUACAGGAUAGUGUUAGUAAGUAGGAAAACUGGGGUGAUAAUAUAAGAUAGGUACAGGGUAAUUUAGUCUAUGAAUUAAAACAUCACAUUAAGAAUCUAAAUUGAAAUUUAAUGUAACGUAGAUACUAUUUAUAAUGAUACCAGUUGUAAUGACUUUAAAUUGAAGGUUCCGGCAAAACUCUUUAUUAUACAUGCUGAUUCACUCAAUUGACAACACUCAUUAUCUCGGAAUGUAUUUAUUUUUUUCAGAUUUUUUUUUUACUUAUGAAACAAAUAGUUUUAAAGUAAUAAAUUAUCUUUUUCUUUAUCAUCCUUAUUUUUGGGAAUGAAAUUAUUACACAUUUUUGAUUUUAAAAUGGUGAUCUAUAUGACUACUACAUUAUCCCUAUUUAAACACCAUGCCCCCACAAAUGAUAUUCUGCUAUUUUCCCUGUAUGCAAACUUAAAAGUGGAAUAUUUCGUGAUCCUGUUGACGAAAAUCUAUAAUUUUAACACCAAAAUUUAUUUUAAUUAAUACUCUAUUUAAGACAUUUUGAACAUAGAUUGCCAUUUUAAAAUCAAAAUUAUUUAGGUAAUAGAACUUGUAUUUAUUUCUUAAGUUUACAAAAAAAAAAAAUUCAAAAAUAGUUAAUUCUUUUCGAGAUAAUGAAUGUUCUACGAUGCUUAAUCAAGUUUUAGAUUCUGAGUGUAAGGAAAUAUUAGUUUUACAAUAAUGUUUUGAUGUUUGUUUAUUAUUCUUUUAUAAUUUUUUUUUUACACUGACAAAAAUUUCUACCAGAAAUCUUGAUCCGAUAUUUUUGAAAAGAAAAAUGUCUUAAUAGUACUAUAGGGAGGUCAUUUUUCGAUUUUCCAAGUGGUUUUCAUAAUAUGUGGGAAAACCCUGGAUAAAACGUAACCAAAACUAGACCAUUUGGACAGAAAACUUAUAUUUACUUCUUCUAGACUUGGUAAAAUUUUUAGAAUUAUUGAGCUAUUUAUAGAUAUUUUAAUUUAUGCGUUUUGUAUGUAAUUUUUAUUUGGUAGAUACUACUCUAAAGAUAAAACUGUUAGAAUUAACAGAAAUACUUGAAAAUUUAACAGGAGGUUCAUAAAAAAUCGUACUUUGUGAUUAAAAAAAAAAAAUUUGAACUUAAUAAAUGUAUUUUUUUUUUUAUAAAGAAAUUUUAUAUCAAAUUUUGACGAAAAAUUAUUUUAGUAAAAUAUUAUGUGGAACAAAUUAAAUUACUGGUCCAUUUAAAUUUUAAAAAUUUUUUUUUGUUUUUAUUUUGAACAUAGGAUGUACAUUGCUAAUUUGUAGAGCGUUGGUGAAAUCAGAAUUGAGUGGACUGACUUAGUUUCAAAAUCAUAGUUUUUUGAAGUUUUGAAUUUAUGUGGAUAUUGUAUGUUAAAUUUCUGAAUAUUGUCAAUUUUAUAGUAUGUCUAUAGUAGUCUAAUGGUGGUACUGGUACUUACCUGUUGUCAUCCCUGAGAUCGCAAGUUCAAACUAGAGUUUAGAAAAUAAUGUUUUGCAAAACCAAGUCAGGUAGGUAACAGGAAAAAAAUAAAUGCAUUUUGACUGACCCAAGUUGUCAUAUUAUGACAUUGUUGAAAAAGCAAUACUAUAUUAAGUCGGCUCUUAAUUUUUUGUUAGUAAUGAUUAUCUUUGCAUACACAUACAUUAAAUUCCUCUAUAUACUACCUGCCUACUUCUCAUAUACAAUAAUUAUUUUUCUACGGUGGGAAGUAUAACAGUCUUUUUAAAUUGUAUUUCAUUGUUUUGGUUACAUAAUGACAAUUGGUUAUUAUAAGUAAUUUUAACUAGCCCCUUGAAUGUUAUUAUUAAUGAUUUCUACUUUAUAUGCCACUAUAUAUAUAUAUAUGUAUGUAUAUUGUAUAGUGUAUACAUUAUUAUAAUAGUUAAUGCCAAAUAAAUUUAAAGUUAUAUGUUUGUUAUACUUAAAGGGUAAGUAGAUAUAUUAAACAAAAAAUUUGACAUUAUCCGCAAGAUUAUAUUAAUUAAAUUAAAACAUUGUUCAACUGCAAAACGUACCCAAAAGCAUCCUUUUCAAUUCAGUAGGAGCUAAACGAUUAAUAAUGGUAUCAUGAAAUACCAAUAUUCCAUAAUCUAGUUUCAUAAACAUGAAUGUUUUCAAUAUGUUGUGAGAAAUAGUUAAUCUAAGUCUUGUUUUUAUGGUUUUAAGUAUGGAAUAACUUCUUUCACAACUUACUCCAGUAAAAGGUAAAUUUAUUAUAAUCUUACAUGUACAAAGUAUUAUAAUUUUGUGUGUGGAUCACUUAUGUAUAUAAGCAAAGAAAUGCACAUUUUACAUUAUCUUCAAAAUCUGUAUCGUUUUCAUUUUCUUCCUCAAAAUUCUCUUCAUUAUAAUCUUGAUACAGAAUAUUUUUAUCUAUAUUUGCUUUAUCAUUUUGAGUGAAUUUCAGCAUCUGACUACAUCAUAGGCUUAAGUGACAUUUUUAGAGAUUAAAGGCUAAAAGUAUAUGAGAAGACAGCAGAGCAAUUAAGUCAUAUAAGUAUUAAAGUAUUGUGUACCCAUUGUACUUAUAUUUUUGAAUAAAUGUUUGUUAUAAAUAUGAAGUUAAUUGAAGUAAAUAAAAUAAUUUAUAUCAUUUUUUGUCUAGAUGGUUUGACAAGAAAACAGAGCCAAUCCCAGGUUUGUUAAUUAUCCUUGUAUAUGUUUUUUAACUACUACUACUAAUUUAUCAAUUAAUCAAGUAUUUAAUUUAUAUAUACUUAUAUAUCUUAUUAAGUUAAUAAUUAAUAUGCAUUUAAUUAAAAAGAUUUUUAAGAUUUUUCAUUUUACAGAUUGUAGACUUCAGAUCUCUUAAAAAAAGUAGUUCAUGUUCCACUAUAUAUUUGGAUGAUAGUACAGUAUCUCAACCAAACCUAAAAAAUACAGUAAAAUGUGUUGCACUUGCAAUUUACUAUCAUAUAAAAAAUAGAACUUCUGAAAGACAAAUUGAAAUAUUUGAUGAAAAAUUACAUCCCUUAACUGUAAGUUUAAGGCUUAUUUGUAUUAAUUGAUGUAUGUAUUAUAUUUAUAUUUAAUUUGUAUCAUUAGAAAGAUAUGGUACCUGAUAAUUAUGACGUCCUUAGUCCAGAACACCGUCAAAUAUAUAAAUUUGUUCGAACAUUAUUUAAUGCUGCACAAUUAACUGCUGAAUGUGCAAUUAUAACAUUAGUUUAUUUAGAAAGGUAAAAAUAUAUAUAUAUAUAUUUAUUUAUUAUUAUAGAUAAUUAUAUAAUUAGUAAAUUGUAUUAUUAUUAUUAAAAGUAUUCUAUUACAGGUAGUAUUUAAUUUGCUAGAGUAUUUUACAUAACAACACUGAAUUGUCUGAAUUUAUUAGGUUAAUUAAAUAAAACUUCUUAUUUGAUUGCUCACAUGUUAGAUCUUUUUCUAAAAAUAUAUUAAUUUAACUUAAUUCCAUUAAAAUAUGAAUUCCAUUUGUAUAUAUUUUAAAUUUAUUGUAUUAUAAAUUAGACUGAAUGUGUAAGAUAGUUUUGUUGCCUUAUUUCUCCCUCCCACCACAAAAAUACUUUAUAAUGUUAAGUGUUAGAUUUUUAGAUUCUGAGUGUAGUGAAAAAUAUAUUGGUUUCACUAAAAUGAUUAUUAUUUUUAUUUUUUUUUAUCCCAUGUACAAAUUUUUAACAGAAAUCUUGUUCCAAUAUGUACACAUGGUACCAUUUCUAAAAGGAAAUAUGUCUUUAAGGUAUUUUAGGGAGGUUAUUUUUUAUUUUCCAAACAGUUUUCAUAAUAUCUGAGAAAAAAUUUGAUAAAACAUAAGAAAGACAAAAAAUAUUUCAAGUCUGUGUAUUUCUAACCAAAUUAGAGCAAAAAAACUCCCAAAAAUUAAAAUUUCUUAAAAGCCCAAAAGUUUUGGCAAUGAUAUCAUAAGAAAGUAAAUCAAAAAGACAACAAAAAAGGUAUUUUGUAAUUUUUCGAUUAAAUCAUUUUUUAAGUAUAAAACAUCAUCUAUAUUUUUUAUAAUAUAAUGAAGUUGUGAAAUUGUAUGUUUUCUCAUUUAAGUGCUUUUUUUAAAAAAAUGUUGUCGAAAUCAAAAAAUUACCUCUUUAGAGUACAAUCUAAAUAACUUUAGCUUUCAGAAAAGUUGCUACAUUUAAAAAUCGGAGCAAGUUGACUAGAAAAAAAUGUGUCCACAGACUAGAAGAAAAAAAAAUAAACAUCUUAGUAAAAUCAAUAGUUCCUUCACUUCACUCAGAAUCUAAAAUUUAGAUUUUAUUAUACAAAUUGCCCUUUGUCUUGAAAAUGAAAAAAAUUAUAAAAUAUCAUUGGAACACCUUUUUAAACAAAAAAAUGCGAAAAAUGUAAAUAGAAAACCAUAUAAGUCUACCUAAAAUUUAAAAGAGAAAGUUAUUUUAUUUUCUUUAAAUAUAUUAUGUAUUACAUUUUAUGUAAAUGUUAGUUUUUCAAAAAAUAUAUAGUUUUAUCUCUUGGCUUUUUAUCAAACUUAAGAAUAGAUUUAACAUCAACUAUUUUGGGUAAGAUUAUAAUUAGAGAUGACUAUACUUUGUUUAAACUCUACUUUAAGUACAAAUCCUGUGUUUAAUAAACAAAUUAAUUAAAUGAUAAACUCAAUAUUAUCGGUUUAGUAAAAAUAAAAGCACUUUCUAGUCCAAUAAAAUUAUAGUAGUUAAUUUAGUAAAAUAUUAAACAAAUUUAUCUAACAAAAUACAUAUUAUUUACAGUCUUAAUUAAUUUCAGAUUAUUAACUUAUGCAGAAGUAGAUAUUACGCCUGCAAAUUGGAAGAGAAUAGUUCUUGGGGCUAUUUUAUUGUCUUCGAAAGUUUGGGAUGAUCAAGCUGUAUGGAAUGUGGAUUAUUGCCAAAUUCUAAAGGAUAUAACAGUUGAAGAUAUGUAUGUACCAUUUUAUUAAUUCUAAAAUGAUUUACAGUCUCCUAUCAUUUUUUAAUAUAGUUGUAAUUUUUUCAUUGUUUAAUUUUAUUAGGCUUUAUUUACAUAUUAAUGUGUAUAAUGUAAUUAAUAAAUUUACAUGAAGAAAAUAUGAAUAAUGAUAAACUUAAUGGAUUAUAUAAAUCAGGAAUGACCAAAUGGUCAAUCACUGAUGAUUUAAAUGUCAAUUUCCAUUUUGUUAGAAUUUAUUUGUAUGUUAUUAAUAGAUAAAUAACAAUUUGCUAAUCAUUUUUAUCUUAAUAUAUUAUCUUUAUUUUAUUGUAAAUUUAUCAAAUAGGUAAUACAAUUCAACAGAGUUUAUCCUGGUAAUUCUAUUUACAAUAAUAUUAUAUUAGUCUUAAAAAUAGUGUAAUGAAAAACAUUAUUUAACUAUAUAUUUUAGUUUUAUUACUUUGUAUAUGUAUGUUUAUUAUUAAUACCUAUUGGGUAAUUUAUAAUAAUACAUUUUUGUUAAGAAUUUGAUCCUCAAAGAAAAAGUUUGUAUUUAGUAAGUAUUCUUAGUAGAUCUCUAAAAAAAAGUUUAGCUACCCCUGAUAUGAAUACACAUAAAUACAAACAAAUUAUUAUUACAAUUAAGUUAUUGUUAUGUUUAAAAAUUAUCUUCUUAUACAUGCAUUGUAUUUAUAUUUGUUUUAUUUUUCUAUUUUAAUUUGCUAGAUGGUUUAAGAUAUUGUAGGAUUUUGUUAUUGAAAUUUGAAUCCAUAGUUAUUGGUUAUAGUUGUUGUAUUUUAGACAUUGUUCUCAAAUUAAUUAUUUACAUAAAUUUACAAAACUUAAAUAGUGAUACUGACUUUAAAAUAGGCAAAAGUAGAUUGAUCAAAAUUUUAACAAAGCAUAUAAUAUACGACUAAUGAACAUACACAAUUUUUCUCCAAUAAAAGGGACAGUGUAAUGAAUUUAAAUUAAUCAUGAUGUGUUAACUUGUUUAUAUAAAAAUAAGGUUAUUCUGUUUAACAGUUUGGAAAUGGGUAAAAACUCCAAUUAAAAAUUGUAUAAACCAAUUGUAAAUGAUAUAAUAUUCAAAUUAUAUCUUAACUUCAUCAUUCAAGUACACAAAGUACAAAUUAAUAUGUGAAAUUCCCAUUUUAAGCAAAAACAGUUAGGGAGAAUACAAAUAGUACUACACUGUUUGACUAAAAAUUUUUUUUGUCAUUUUUCAUGACUAUUUUACUGUUAUUUUUUAAAUAAUAAUUUAAAAAAAAUAAAAAAUGUAAAUCUAUGUGUUUUUUAGGAAUGAAUUAGAACGUCAGUUUCUUGAGAUGCUUCAAUUUAACAUUAAUGUUCCGUCCAGUGUAUAUGCCAAAUAUUACUUUGAUCUACGUUCUUUAGCUGAAGACAAUGAUUUAACAUUCCCAGCAGAACCAUUAAGUAAAGAACGGGCCAAGAAACUGGAAGCUAUGUCUAGAGUAUUUGAAGAUAAGAUAUUAGCUGAAUUUUUAAAAAAUGGUGUAAAAAAGUGGUCUAGUCUGGAUAAUGUGAGCAGUUCAUCAGUCGCCCGAAAGAGUGUUGCUAUAUUAUCUUAAAAAAUUACAAAACUAUAAUUAUUAUGCAUUUAUAAAAGCAAAUGUAGUCACUAUUAUUGUGAUUAUUUAUAUUUUAAGUUACUAUAGGUAUAAGAUUCUUUUACUUUUUCCAUAUUAUGUUUUAAAAAAAAUAAUAUGUAGUAGAGCUCCAUUACUAGAGUCAAAUUUUUACCCUAGCUGACUUAUUGUCAGUACAAUAUUUAAUUUGUAUUUAUUUAUGAUUUCUAUCCACUAGACACCUUCUCCCUUGCUUUAUUUUACAGAAGGGGUUGAAAAUUGAAACCUCUAAUAUGUAGAAUUGCAUUUCUGUAGUGGUGUACUAAGUUACAAAACCAUCCUCAUCUCACAACAACAGGGUGAAGUUCUUAUUGAAACUCAUUUAGUCCAGAGAGAACCAUUAAAAGUGUCUAAAUAUAUAUAUAUAUAUAUAUAUAUAUCAGACACAAUGCAGUGCAAUAGAUUCAAUUUCGGGGGAGGGGGAAUUCAACAACACAAAGUUAAUUUAUACUUACUUUUAUUUUUAUUGAUAAUAAUAUUUAUUAUAUUAGUUUGUGUUAAACUAUUUAUUUUUAUUUUUCGUAUUUCUAAAUAACUAAAUUAUUUUAAAUAAUCAAAAUGACCAAUCAAUACUAAUAUUAGUAAAAUGUACCAUAUUAAGUUAAAAGUAAACUAGCAAUAAAUUGAAUAACUAUAUUUUCUGCUUAAUUGCACGCCAUAACAUUAACUUUAAGUAAAUUAUUUUUAGAGUUUCUUUAAUAUUUUUUUAUAAUAGUUAUUACACAAUUCUUUAUUAGUUUUGUUUAAUUUAAAAAAAUUGAUAAAUAUUUUAUUAAUAGUCCAAAAAUAAAAGGGUGUUUAUAAAUAUUAUGAAAUACAGUAGAAACUGUUAAUUAUAUAUAUAAAUAUAUAUAUAUAAAAAAAAAAAGGAUAGUCUUUUAGAUAUAUUAUACUACUAAUAUUUUUUAAUAUAUAUUAUAUAAUAUGGCUUCUAGGGUACUACAAAAUUUAAGUCAAAUUAAGCAACUGAUUUGUGCUAAUAAGUUUUGUAAUCUUUUUGUAAUUAUCUUUUAAAAGAAUAUUCUUAUACAUCUUAAUAUGUAAAAUGAAGAAUUUUUGGUAUUGUUAUUUUUUUAGAUUUAGACUAUAUAAUACACUUAAAUUCAUUCAUAUAUAAAUAAUUAACUACUUAUUUUUAUAGCUAAUAUGCACACAAAAAAAUAUAUAUAUUACUUCUUAUUGGUAACACAACAAAGAUUGAUUCAGAUUGUAUCUUCUAUUCAUUCAAAGAGAUUAAAAUGAGAAGUUAAAAAAUUUAAUGAUUAAGUUAUUACAAUUGACUAACCCUAUAGAAACUUUAAAAUUACACUGACCAGGAUGGUUUUAUUUUUUUAUUAUAACCAAACAUUGUUAACUGAUAUCCAUUAUAAAAAGUUACUAAUAUGUACAAUAGUUAUAACACAUGAUACUAUUUACAAUUUUGCUUUUUAAAUAUUUAGGAAUUCAUAUUAAAAUAAAUACAUUUUUUUAUUAUUAUAUAGCUGUUAACUGUUAAUUAAUAAUUAAAAUAUACAAAAUUGCUCUGUAUAAUUGUAAUAUAUUAAUUAUUUUAAUCAUAAUAAAUUUAAAUUUCUAUUUUCAUUUCUUGAGAUUAUUUUUGUAGAAAUUUAAAAUUAAGUUUGGUUAAUAAUUAGUGUAAUAAAACUAUCAGGUUAUUGAUUUUUAGUCAAAUCACAGAAAUUUAUUAGAUAUAAAUUAAUUUUGUAAUGUAUUUUUCUACUUUUACAUUUUUUCAUCUAAAAUUGAAUUCUAAAAAUAUUUGCAUUUGUUAAUAAAUAUUUCACUGUGCUCAUUUUUAUACAUGAUAUUAAUUACAAAAUGUAUUACUUUUUAAUAUGUACUUGUGAAUGUCAGAGAUAUAUUUUUAAGAGUAUUAUAGAUUAUUGACUAUCAAAAAUAACACAAUAUUACCAUUAUUGAUUUUUUUUUUAACAUCUAAUUUAUUUUACAUUCCUAUUUUAUUAUAUUACUUUAAAUAAUAAUUUGAUUUACUAUGUUGGUUACAAUAUUAUUUUUUUUUCAAACCUGCCUCUUUAUAAUUAUUUAUUAUUUUAUUUCAUGUUAUUAUUCUGUAGUAAAAUUAAAUUAAAGUGACUUCUGCUAUUUAGAAAUUUAAAUUUGUAUAGUUUUUAUUUCACUAAUUUUCUUUUAUAUUUCUCUGUUUGAUCAUAAUUUAUAUUUAUUAAUCUAUGAUGUUGUGAUUUAUAAUCAAGUAGGUAGCAGUAUUUUAAAAUUGUUAUAAUUAUACAAUACAAAUUGUGUUCAAAAAGUCAUAAUAUCACAUAUUAUUCAAAGUUAAAUGUAUAAAAAAAAAAAAAAACUUCAGUAAAUACCUAUUUUCAAUAUUUAUUUUUGAUAAUGAAACAUUCUAAUAGUAUUAUUGUAAUAGUAGAAAAUUGUUAAUGAUAAC